AUGCAGAGUGCAUCGACUCGCUGGUGUGUGCUGAACUUCCAGAUGCUACACGACAUUGUCAAGUCAUCGAUGAUUCACGGACCCUGCGGUGAACUGAAUCGAAACUCUCCCUGCAUGAGCGAUGGUGUAUGUUCUAAAGGAUUUCCGAAACCGUUUCAGGCAGAAACUAAAGAGAACGUGAAUGGCUACCCACUUUACAGAAGAAGGGAUGAUGGAAACUUUAUCGUGAUCAAGGGUCAUGCCAUCGAUAACAGAUGGGUUGUACCUUACAAUCCGUAUUUAACAAAAAAGUACAACGCCCACAUAAACGUUGAAGUAUGCAGCUCCAUAAAAUCGGUCAAGUAUUUGUUCAAAUAUGUGUAUAAAGGUCAUGAUGCAGCUAAAGUUGUUCUGGAAGAAUCUGGAGAUAGAACUUUAAUGUGGGACGAGAUAAAAUGCUUCUUAAAUGCAAGAUACGUGUCUGCCCCUGAAGCAGUGUGGAGGCUGUUUGAAAAGAGAAUGCAUUCAAAGUCGCACUCCAUCAUACGACUACCGGUUCAUUUGGAAAACCUGCAGCCCGUCUAUUUUGCUGAAUCAGAAGAAAGAAAUGCUCUGCAGAGAGCUGCCGAGAAAAACACCAUGCUCACCGGAUGGUUUGAACUGAACAGGACAGUUCCCGAAGCGAAUCGUUACCUGUAUGCUGAAAUUCCUAAACAUUUCACCUGGAGGAAUCACGCCUGGCAGACACGAGAGCGAAGAGUUUUGCCGACUUAA